UAUAAAAUACUUUGAAUGGUGUCCUUGCAACGUGAUACAUUUAAUACAGAGAAACAAUUUUCACAACAUUUGCAACAUAUAUUGUUGCUGUUAAAAGACAUUUUUAAACAAAUUGAUCAAUAUUUUUGCGCAAUUGUCAAAGAAGUGAUAUUAGAUAUUUUCGGAGAUUGUCAAGAUUGUAAAAAAAUGGCAGCGUUACCUCAAGGAGCAUUUGUAGCAUGCAAAUUACGUGAACAAUAUCGUGAUAGAGAUUUAAUAAUUUCACGAUUGAAAUCAAGUGGAGAUAAAAAUGAGCCGAAAUUUUUCAGUGGCAACAAAAAAUUAAUGGAAUAUAGUCCUGUGAAGUACAAUGAGAAAUUAAUGAACUCAAUUUGGGGAUUCUAUAAUCGUUAUUCGCCCCAUAAUAUAAAAAGCAAUGAACUCGUUUCUGAUCUUGCUUAUAAUCAGCAACAGCAAUCUGCUGUUGCUAAUCAAGCCAUUGCUCAUAAUAUAGCAAUGGCUGUCACUACCGGUAAGGAAUGGACUUUUAUGGAAAAAAAGUAAAACAUUUAUUGGUCUCAUUAACAAAGAAUAUUUGUUCGUCUUAAUGAAUAUGUAUAAAUAAAUAAAUUGUAAUGAAUGUAAUAUUAUUUCCUAUGUACAUAUGUACAUAUUUCGUAUGUAUGUAUAUCGGAUUGUGUAUAUAUGUAUGUAUUUGUAUGCAGAUAUAUGUAUAAAUGGUGCAAAUAAAUUUCAUUUACUUUACUACUGAAACAACUAAA